UCGUCGCGGUUUGUCGCAAUUUGUCUGAAUUUGUCGUGAGCACAUUGUUUUACGUUGCUUGAUGUAAAAAUAGAUCUUUAAAGAUUGACACAAGCGUUACUAAAAAUCUUAAUAUAAAAUGGUUCUAAGUCCGACUACGAAACAGAGGAUAGUCAUUGUUCUGAAUAUGAGCAAAUUUGUAUUUCAAUGGGGUUUUAUUCCUGCCGUACUCUUUUUAGGAUUCAGCAAAGGUGCUGACCCAGGCAUGCCUGAAUUAACCCUUAUGAACUUAUUAUGGCAGUGAGUCUUUCAUAGGUUUCAUAGGUUUCAUUCCAAAAGAAAUUAUGGAUACCAUUGAUGUUGCAUGGAUACAUUUUAUUUAAGGUUACAAUGUUUCUAAUUAUCAGAAUAAUAGAUUGU